AAACGUUUAAGAUAGUCUACUAAAGGGAGGAGGCGGGAUUUUAUAUACCCGCAGCCUCAGGGCUACGGGGAAACUUUUGCCCGCGGCAGACCAGAUAGAAUAUCGUGCUCAUAGACCCGAAAGGGAUCCAGAUAGUACGUUAAAUUGAUUCUUAUUAUUAUUAUUAUUACUACUAAUUGUUCUCUCAGAUGGACAAAACUCGGAACCGUCCCGCAUGCGACUUGCAGGUCACGCCAAAGCAGGCAUUUUCCGCGGGCAUUACCAACCCAGAGAAACCAUCGACGGGGCGGCAAACUUUCUUGACAAAGAUAAGAGAACGGACGUCCUUGAAAUUAGCCGACAGCUGAACAUUCCCUACAUCCCAUAUCUGCUGCAGUCCCUGCCCGCGGAAGAGCUCCAUAACCUUCAGCGUAGCAGAGAAUAUCAGAAAUUGCAAAGGCAGAUAGAUGGGGAAACGAAAAUAUUCGAAGUUACCAAGGAUGCUGGAAUCGCUAAAACUAGAUAGAUUAAAACGGUUGCGGGCAAGCCAGGCCUACGAUAAUCCGCCCAGAUACGAGCAUGAGAUAUACUCUCGCUUCAGAUUUAUGCUGUCGCGAGAAAGGCGUCGCCUCGAGGUCAACUUGUUCGAAGAGGUGCCGUUAAGGAGCCCAAUUGGUAUGUAAGUUAUCGAAGAUCUCCUCACUCUCUACCUUCGGGAUAAAGAGGUGGAAUUUCGACUGGGUUUAGAGCCAGACCGGUGCUUUUGUUCCCUGCCCAGUCACAAGUACGAC